UAUUACAAUUCACAACACCGCCGAAAACAUUUUAUAAUUCAAGUGUAACAUUACUCAAAUUUCAAAGCUUGGACACUGAUUUUGCAUGGACAUGCCACCCAGUUCAACCCAUGUUGGUGCUGCGUCUUCUGCAUACAGAGGAGUCCGCAAGAGAAAAUGGGGCAAGUGGGUCUCCGAAAUCCGCGAGCCGGGAACCAAGACCCGAAUUUGGCUCGGAAGUUUCGAGACGCCGGAGAUGGCCGCCGCCGCCUACGACGUGGCGGCGUUGCAUUUCCGCGGCCGCGACGCCAGGCUCAACUUCCCCGAGCUCGCAAGCACGCUGCCACGCCCCGUCAGCAACAAUGCCGACCACAUACGCAUGGCGGCGCACGAGGCGGCCCUGAGGCUCCGAACCAACCCCGCCCCGCCGGAGAUUGAGAUAGGAGGCGGUUCCUCGACGGCGCCGCCGCUGACAGUGAGACUCUCCCCCACUCAGAUUCAGGCCAUCAAUGACUGCCCCAUGGACUCCCCUCAGACGUGGAUGCAAAUGCCGGACACUUUCAUGAUGCACGAUCAAUCCAUGAUGUUCGCAAAUGGUUAUGCCUUUGAAGACAACGAGUGGGAGGAUAUGCAGAAUGAUUCUCUCUGGGAUCCUUAGAUACAUACAUACGUAUACAUAUACCUAGAUACAUACUUACGUACAUUCACACGGUAUACCAACAGUGAAGAAUACACCACAUACGAUAUACCAGUAUUUGCUAUUAGUUUAUUGUGGUUACGUUACGUUUCAUUACAUUAUAUCCUGUGACUAAUCAAUUAAUUAUGGUGAAGUGACAACAACGGUGACACUGACGCCAUGUCUCUCCAUUUGACCAGUCCUAGGUUUUGAAAAUAAGAGGCGUGGAGGAGCAUGCCACCAUGCCAUUGCUUCCUUUUUCUUUUUGUUCUUUCCUCCAUGGAUGAGUGAGAUUUGGAAGUACCUAGACUAGCUCCCGGAGAUGAAUUAGCAAGAAAAGAUCACACUUUGGAGGGACCCAGUAGAGAUUAGUGUAACUACUUGUUGUGGGAGAGAUUUGUUUAAUUAAAGAUUUUUUAUUUAAGAUUAUUAGUGGGUGGGAUUUGUUCUGUGUACCAGAUAAGCCACGAACUCUGUUUAUUGGCUGUGUUUUAUAGGCUGUGGAAGAGUGUAGUGUGGUUUUAUUCUAUUAGUAAAUAGAUUAAGCUGAUGUAUUGGAUUGGAACUCCAUUAAUACAAUCUUCUCAGAUUAUCCAA